AUGUCUCAACUACCUGCAGGAGGUCCUGCAUCUAAUACUCCCUCUGACGAAAAGCCAGCACAAGCGACCAAAGCCCCAGCCGCUCUAGAAGAAGAUGAUGAAUUUGAAGACUUUCCGGUAGAAGACUGGCCGCAAGAAGAUGCGGAGGCCCUUGGUCCCGCUGGAACCAACGAUCACUUAUGGGAAGAGAGUUGGGAUGACGACGAUAAUAACGAAGAGUUUUCGAAACAAUUAAGGGAGGAAUUAAAGAAAGUCGAAGCUGUGAAGCAAUGA